AAGACGAUGUGUUGAGAAGUUCAAGUCGGGGUCACUUGAAGUUCCUGCCCUCGAUUUUACCUUUUAGUUUUAUUAUAGACUGACAUCACACGGGGCGCUAAAACACUUAAGGCGCAUAGAGGCUCCAUUAUCAUCCCGGUGCGCGUUAUUGCUCCGACUCAAAAAUAGCUAAGGAAAUUACUAGAAAAAAAAAAUAGGAGGAAACUGAUGCUGGUCUAAGCACGUAUUUUUUAUAGGAGGGGAUGAGAAAGAGGGGAGAGGAGGGGCAGAGAAGCAGAGAGAAAGAGGGAGAGGGAGGAAAGUGGGUGGGAGGACGGACCUAAAGGAGCGACAAGAAAUUCAUAUCAAUUAAUAAUCAUAAAAAAAGAGCUGGCAGACGCGCUCGGAAAACUGGCAUGGUUUGUUGGGGAGGCUGGCAGUUCAAAGCUGAAACGUCAGAUAUGACUCCUAGAGACUGCUGAGAUGAUCAUUAAGGGAGACUUAGAUCGGAUGGCAGAAGACAUCGGGCAUGCAGAUAUCUGUUGUUGCAGGUGGCGGACUGAAGACGAUGCUGGAUGCCAUGGAAGUUCCAAGUCAUGCUAGGGAUCUCCUCCUGCAGCUCAACAGCCAGCGCACCAAGGGCUUCCUGUGUGAUGUUAUCAUUGUGGUGCAGAACGCCCUCUUCAGAGCUCACAAGAACAUUCUGGCUGCCAGCAGCCUCUACUUGAAAUCUUUGGUGGUCCAUGACAAUCUCAUCAACCUCGACCACGAGAUGGUGAGUCCAGGGGUCUUCAGGGUCAUUCUGGACUACAUCUACACGGGCCGCCUCAGUGAGGGAGACCCCGCUUCUCCCACUGAACCCAAUCUGGGGGCUGUCUUGGCAGCAGCCAGCUACCUUCAGCUGCUUGACUUAGUGGCUUUGUGCAAAAAGAAGCUGAAAAGACAUGGCAAGUACCCUCCACGCCCAGGUCCUGCAUUUCUGCCCUACCCGAAGAUGGGACCCAAUAGUAUGGGGUUAGGGGGUGGUGGCAGGUAUAGGGUUUCUACUCCUGUCAUUCAGCCCUGCCCUCCAGUUUUGAAUAGCCAUGCAGCCCGGGCUCCACAGCUAGAUGAGCUAGUUCCCCAUCGGCUAACCAUCCACACUGGGGAGCUGUAUGCUCCCACCUCCACCCAGGGCUCUCAGGUGUUCCCGUCCCUGCAGUCAGCUCUGCCUGCCCAGCUUGGGCGCUCAGCCCACCCCGAGAGGAACUGCUCCCCCAGCUACGGCCUUGAUCUCUCCAAGAAAAGCCCCAACUCCCAGUCUCAGCACACACCCUCUCAUUCCCAUCUGGCAAACACUCACAAUGAUGAGGAGCGGGACAAGACUCUGAGCGGCCGCACUAGUCCCAUGCAGGGGACGAAUGGCAGGGCCUUCCCCAAUGAAAAAAUGGAGUCGACGGACCAGGGAAGCUCCCUCACUCCUCCGCCUUUCCCCCAUCUUAACCAGCCACUUGGCCCACACCUCCCCCACCUGCACCGCUCAGGCUCCCAAGGCACAGAUUGCUACCCGUGCCCCCCCAGCCCUGACACCCCCACGGAAGGUGGAGAGGCAGGCAGAGAAAUGGGCAACAUCUACCGCUGGGUGAAACAUGAGCCACUGUCAUAUACAGCUGAGGAUGAAGAUGAAGACGAGGAUGAAGAGGAGGGGGGUGAAAAUGGAGACCAGCACCAUAACCACCACAAGGCAGGGGAGGAGAGUGAAGGAGCGGAUGACAAGAGCGGGUCAGGCACAGAGGAGACAGGCAGCAGUGAAGGCCGCCCCUCCCCUACGGGACCGAUGGGGAGGUUCCACAUGUCGUAUGAGCCGGAGAGCUUCGGGGACAAUCUGUAUGUCUGCAUUCCCUGUGACAAAGGCUUCCCGAGCUCAGAACAGCUCAACGCACAUGUGGAGACACACACAGAAGAGGAGCUGUACGGCAACUCUGGCGGGGAGAUGGGGAACAGCAAUAACAGCAGCACCAAAAACAUGACCAGCAAUACAAACGGUUAUGGGAGCCUGAACAGCAGCAACAGCUUGAACAGCCUGUCCCAUCUGGAGAACAAGUCGAGCCAGGGGCUGAGUUCAGGGAGCAUCGGGGAGAUGAUCCGACCCUACCGCUGCUCCACCUGCGACAAGUCCUACAAAGAUCCAGCCACUCUGCGACAGCACGAGAAAACCCACUGGCUGACGCGGCCGUACCCCUGCAGCAUCUGCGGCAAGAAGUUCACGCAGCGUGGCACCAUGACGCGCCACAUGCGCAGCCACCUGGGCCUUAAACCUUUCGCCUGUGACUCCUGCGGCAUGCGCUUCACCCGCCAGUAUCGCCUCACCGAGCACAUGCGCAUCCACUCUGGGGAAAAGCCCUAUGAAUGUCAGGUGUGCGGGGGUAAGUUUGCCCAGCAGCGCAACCUCAUCAGCCACAUGAAGAUGCACAGUAGCGGAGGGGCUGGAGGGGGCCUGACCACGGAUGGGAAACUGAAGCUGGACUUUGCAGAGGGCAUCUAUCCUCUGAGUAAAUACACAGCGGAGCACCUGGGGCUGAAGCAGGAGAAGGCCAACGAGCUUCUCAUCCAAGCCCAGCAGCAACUGGUAGCUGAUGCAAAGGUCAUAGAGAGCCUCUACCCACUGUCAAAACUGGCCUCGGAGCACCUGGGCCUCCCCCACGACAAGAUGGAUGUCCUGGGCCAACCCCUGCCCCCUCCCCCACAGGCCCUGAGUGAAGCCCGCACCAUUGACCGCUACUCACCCAGCUAAGACAUAUGACCUGUAUAAAUGGCAGUCACCAGUAGGUCUGUGUGCACACACAACUCGCAGUAUUCAAAAGCCAUUCACCUCAAGUCAGUAUCUCCUCUGCACCUCAGACUCAGGCCAAAAGGAAUUGGUCUGCUAAUGCACACCAAAAUGUGUAGACUGUAAGUGCCUUUCUAUGCAUCUAAUGUAUCUUAAAGUCCUCCUUCAUAAAGGGGGCCUGUGCUAUUCCAUGACCAAGAGACACUCACUUAAAGAAGUACAGUAUUUAUGUACAGCAUAUGCAAACAAACAUUUUCUUAAAAAAAAAAAAAAAUCAGCCAUUGAGCCAAAGUGACAAAUUGAAAACCAAAAAAAAAAAAAAAAGAAAAAAAAGAAAUUGUUUUAUUUAUUUUUGUAUCAUAAUGAAAUCCAAAGAGAAACUGUUGCAAGGAAGUGUUGCAAUCAGACCCUAAACCUGUGUACUAUUAAGUAUCAUCUGUGUACAAGAAACAAAAAAAAGCACAUAAGGACAAGAUUCAGGGUUUGUGUCCAGACCUGAGCGGAACUUUUAUUAAAUGAACAAGCCAACUCUUCUGGACUUUAAAGUAAUGGGAGGAUAUACUUUUUUUUUUUUUUUUUUUUUAAUUCUUUUCUGUUUUUGGGGUACUGGACAAUUUAUGUAUCUCACCCUCCAGCUUUCUUCCCAUCAUGUUCCUGCUUCCCCAACAAGUCGUGAGGAAAUAACUGAACGAUAAGGGCAAUUGCUUCAGCAUUUUUGGUAAAAUCUCCACUGCUUUAUUUUCUCCACGUUUUUGAAAGUUGCCCUCUCCCCCACAUAUUUGUGCGGCGAAGGCUCAUGCUAUGUGACAGUAAUGGUAGCUUAAUCAGCCUUACACUCAGCGCUUGAGCUAAAACUUCCUUUGUAUUUUUGACUAACAUCCCUUAGCUUUCAGUUGUUAUUGAGAUGCAGCAAGCACAGCCCUGUGAUCUCAUAACUGGGACAUGAUUGCACAUACCCAACUGAUGACACACUAAUCCCUGUUCAUGAUGAGUGUAGCUUCAUCUCAUGGUGUAGACGAAGCAUGGGUGUUGCCUCUUGACAUUGUGUAAUAUUUACAAUUACGGAUGCAGCCGAGGCAGGCAGCAGAGGCAAGGACCAGGUCAGAAUUAAUGACACAGAAAUCUGUCAUUUACUGUCAAGAGGAAUUACUUAAUUCGCGGUGGUCUGAUGAUUAAUUGAGGAGCAGCAGUAGUGAAAAUGCUGCGCUCCGCUCCACCGUACGACCUUUCUUUUGACCUCCCUCCCCUGUAGUCUGUUGUCUGGGAGCCCUGCUACUGUUGACAGGCCAAAGUGAGUGCUGUACUCAGCCUUUUGCCUUAAAAGUGCUCUACACGCCAUGCACACGCACACGCACACACGCACGCACACACACACACACACACACACACACACACACACACACACAUAUAUAUAUACAGAGCAGGCUGCUAAUCUGUCAGUGAUAUGAACAUAAGAAGGGGUUUGCGGGUCUUCCCUGGAAGCCAGCGGGUGAACAGCAACAACCCAGCUGCUGUGGCUCAGUAAUCCCUGUGAAAUCUCACUUUUCUCCUGGACAAUUCACACUGCUUGCCGGCAUGAUGUCCCAUUUCAUGCCUGCCAUCUUACCCCUUCUGAUCCAUGUAUUAACAUCACAUCCCGGGCCCCGGCAAAUGCCCCCCCCCCCAGCCUUGCCUCCUUUCCCCUCUCCACCGCCACCCCCGCUGGUAUCAAACGCGGAAACAAAGAAUGACAUAUUUCUGUGUUGGCUGACCAGCAGUUCCUCCAGCUUGAAAACAAAAGAGCACUUAAAGGUUGCGGGUUGAAGGCACAUUCUUGUCUUUGAAUGUUUAUUCCAAAGAACAUGCUGGGGCUUUUCUCUUUUUUAUUUUUCCACUUUUUUUUUCUGGUCCUUGAUUCAGAUUAGAAAUGUCUGACCACUAUAGUGCCAAUGCCAACCUCAGUGGGUGAAUGUGAAGACUAAAGCCAUAAAUACACUGUGAUAGACAUAGAGAAUCUUAAAGGCUUACAAAAAAAAGCAGAGAUAAUGUGCCUGACUUUUGGGAUUGUUUUUUUUUAAAUGUAACAAUAAUUUAAGGGCUUUCUUUUCUGUAGCAUAUGAUCAUAUCAAACAUGUUGUUUCCUGUCACUUACUUUUCUUUACUUCAUUUUGAUUUGAACUGAAAGCAGCGCACGUGAAACUGGUGCUUACCUCAGGACUGAACCCAGCAUGGGGAUGCUAAGCUUUAGUAAACUUUCUAAAAAAAAAAAAAGAAAAAGAAAAAGAAACAUUGUCUUCACACAUACACAGACACACAUGCAUACACACUCUCACACACUUUUUUAUUUUUAUUUUCUUAUUAACAGGGCAGUGGUCCUGUGUUAAACCUGUGGUUAUUUCUGUGUUUAUAAAUUUCUUGUUACAGUUUUAUGGUGAAGAGAUAACAUGUGAUAUUAACAUUUUGUCUUAACAUGUUUUUAGUUUUUUUUUUUUAUACUAUGCGGUAUACAUUUUCUUUUGUGUCGUGUCCUCAAAGAGGCUUGUGGUGGUCUGACCAGUUCAAUCGUUGUAACAUAAGUCAUUUUGGUAGUAUCUUAACUGGCUGUUUGUGAAUUUCUGAACCACAUUUUAGCGAGCAUGUUGGUAUUGAUCUUUGGUUUCAACCACAUACAUACGGUUGAGCCUAGGUGACGAGUGUAGCGUUUUGUAAACGUUUGUGUUUGCCCACAAGACACGAUGUAUUAUCAGUAGUUCUUUAAACAGACGAGCAGUGGCUUUUCUGGGCAAGUAUGAAAACUGACCUUUUUUCUCCAGAGGUUAGUGAACUUACAGCAGGAGUCAGACUGAGGUCGUGCAUGCACACAAACACACAGGAAGCCUGCUUGUUUUGGUUGAUGCUUCAAGUUUUUGGGGACUCUGUUGCUGAGCUCUGUAACCAAAAAAAAAAAAGAAAAGAAAAGGAGAAAGAAAAGCUCAAAUGCAACAUUACUCACAGUAGAAACUUGGUCUACAAACAUGUGCAUACGUGUUAAAAGUGGCGGAUGUCAGUCGUGGGAAUUUUGAGUCCCCUCACUCCCUCUCAUUCACUAGUUUAAAUGAAAAUCUGUCUUCUCCUUUCCCUGCCUUACACCAUUAAAAUAACAUGAAGUGUUUUCCACUGUCACUUCAAAUCUGUGCAGGAGGGAAGAGCAAGAUAAUGCCUGAACAUUUCUGUAGGAUGUGCACUGUUUGAAAGUUGCUCCGUCACAUUCAUGUGUGUGACGGGCGGGAGGGGUGGGGAAGGUUGUGUAUCUAUAGAAAAGGGAAGCGUUUUCUUGUCUGUUUGUGUGUCCCUAUGCUAUUUGAGCAUAUAAGGCGCUGUUAAUGCACGUCCUGGGAAUAGGCUUGGUGUGAAGGAGAAGAGCAGAGGAGCAGGAAGUGAACUUUUGGUUGGUGUGCUGUGUCGAGCAGGAUGUGCCGUGUGUUUCUGCUCAGGGGCAGAUAGAGAAGGGGACGGAGAAUGGGGAGGGAGAGGAGCAAGGAGAGCGCAGCGGGGUGGACACGAGCCAUUGUCUCAGUAUGAAAGCCUGUUCGUACUUCUAAAACUCUCCAUUCAGAAAACAAGUAGACUGUAUCUUCUCUUUUCCUUCCCCUUCCCCCUGCUCUUUGGGAAUAAACCUCUGUUCAGUAUCACGAUGAUACGAUGUCGUGGCCUUUCAAGCGCUGCACAGCGAGGAAGCCAUUCAGACAUUUUGUUACAAUUUGAGGAUGUUGUGGAUUAAUUUUUUUGGCAUCCUUUUGGUCACAGGAAUACAUUACAAUAUUUUCCCCCAUAGUAUGUCCACGUUUUGAACAUUUCUAAAACUUGGGGCUAGGGCAGAUCAAUAUGAAGGACAUAGAAACUGUAUUGUAAAUCAUAAUUUAAAAAAAACUGGCAGCAUUUCUUUUGCUCUGUGGUUGAUUCAGUUAGUAAAAUUAGAAGAGGCUUGUUUCAAUUUAAUGGUGUAGCCACUCACCCCAUGGGGUUUUAUGCCAUAUGCCUUUGUUAAUGUUAUUUAUACGACACGUCAACUCAGAAAAACUUCUUGUUACCACCAAAGUGGUUUAGAUGAAGAUGUUUUGAAAGUAAUAACAUUAGGCAUUUAAAACAAUUAGUCACAUUAAUUAAUAUAAUGAAAAUGAAAGAACACAAAUAUAAAAAAGUGCAGUAAGGCAAACCACCAACUUUGAGAUGUGGGUUGAUCUUUUUAUUUUAUUUUACCUUAUUUUUUAGACCAUUUCAUUCCUUUGUAAUGUAAUGGCAACCAUCCCAGGCCCCGUAACUUUUCUAACACUAACAUUAUAGAAGUAAAAAUGAUCUGGAUGAGUUCCAGUGGCCCCAUAUAGACCAAAAAACAGGCUUUGGUUUAAUAUUAAAAAAUGCAAAGCAUGCCUUUAAGCUUUCCACCAGCGGCAGCAGGCCGAGGUCACCUAUGCGACUCUGACAGGCUGGAUAGUCCCGAUCUGCAAUCAUAACGCUGUUUGACAUUUAUUGUGUUUCACGCUGUGUGCCAAAAGGACUGAAGCACUUAGCAGACAUCGCAGAUGCUCAAAACAAAACUCAGCAACCGGUCUUUGUAGUUUCCAUGGGUUGUGUUGUCGAACUUACGCUUCUGACCAACCUUGACUUUGCCGUGUUUUGAUAGCCAUUAUCUGCGUGGCUAAUCACGAGAGCACAGAGCGCAGACAUGCCACUGUUGUCCAGUGUACAUAUUUCUUUUUAUGAGGACUCGUGAGCUAAAGCCAAAUAAUAUCAAUAAUCAAGCCUUGUUUUGGCAUCACAACCAUAAACUGACUCUUAAGUCAACCAAUACAAACGUGCCUUCAGUCUAACAAGCAUUCAAUGAUGUUGCAAUAAUUUGUGUGAGUGCAUGCAUGUAUAUGUGUGUGUGAGUGCGUGUGUGUGUGUGUGUGUGUGUGGUUUUCUGAAGUGUGUACAUAGUGCACCUGUCCAUCUACAUGUCUGAACGCCUUUCCCACAGUGUAGCAGGGGUGAAGUACAAGGGAGAGAUUUGACACUUUCAAGAGUCUUUAUUACAAGCAGCUGCUUUAGAUUUAUUUCCCCCGAACUGCACUUUUCUGGAAAAAUCAUUGUAUUGUGAUUUUUUAUUACCCUUAUGAUCCCCUAGAAGUCCCCGCAAUUGCCUUUCCUCUGGCACUUUGCUUCCUUCGCCUUCCCUCCUCUUCCUCCCUCCAGCGCAGAGCUUGGCCGCGCUCGUUCGGCCGCCUCUCGUUACCUCAAAGCGCAGCUCUCCUCCUCACCUCUCUCUCUCUUUCUCUCUCUGUGUCCCUUCCUCUCCUCUUACACUCAACACAAACCGCUGACCCCACAGCGCCCGCCGCCUAGCCCCCCCCCCCCUUUCUCCCCUCUCUCCUCCCCCCUCCCUUUCUCCCGUGAUCCACUUACUUCCAGCUGUUUUUCAUGCUGAAGAAGACAGUUGUCUAAAUGUUUAUGUGAGGAGCUACUUUCUUUUUCUUUAAGCCCUGAUCAAUUUCCAAAAUGAACUUUGUGGCAUGUGUUAAAAUACAGCAGAUGAUGGGCCAAAUAAAAAAGUCUGACAUCGUUAUUGUAUUCUGAUCCCCCAAGCCAAGAAACAGCUUACAAAGGGGGGAGAGAUUAAAGACAGCAUAUCGUUGUAGAGGAAAUGCAGAAUAAUGUGAGGGGAAAUGUUCAGGGGAAAAUAUGCUCAGAAAGAUGCCAGUAAAGUAAACAUGUAUGAAAUUGCACAAUUGAGCCGGGGCCUCGGCUGCGCCAGCCAAGUCAUGCGCUGAGAUGGAGGGAACGAGUAAGGGAGAAGGGUUGAGAGGAAAAGAACCAGAAACAGAGAGAAAAAUAGCUUGUGCUUGAUAGUCAUAACCUUCAGUAAAUAACAAAGGAAAACUGGUUGCUUUGUGCGUCUGUUCACCCCUGCUAACUCUAUUUCAUUUUCAUCCUUUAAGAAAUUAUCUUGUGAGGAAAUUAAGUUUUUUUUUUCCCUUAUUCCUUUUCAUUGUUAAUUUCUUCAGGUCAUUGCCAAAGUUUUUCCCAAUGUUCAUGUCAGCAUGCCCUCCUAGAUGUCAUCCUCUUUCCAGACCUAACAAUUAUCACCCAAUAAGCACAUGACCCACAGUAGGCUCUUUGUAGUUGAAUAGGAAAGGGGGUUCUGGCUGCCUUUGUCCUCCUGCUGCAUCUGUUUAGCUUGGAUCUCUGUUUCUUUCUCUACCUUGGACACAUACAAGACGGACUAAGUGGACUUUGGCACAGAUCUUUUCGUUUACAGUGAUGCAGCCUCUGCUCCAGAGGUUUAAAUUCAAAGACAAACAAAUAGCAAGGACAAAACAAGCAGGAAUUUUUGGAAGAGAGAAAGUUGGUCAGGGAUAAGAUUUGAUCGUAUAUCUGUGUAUCACACACACUCAUGCAGGCAGACACACACACACACACACACACACACACACACACACACACACACACACACAGCUGGAUAGCAGACUGCUGCUCCAGAUUAGGUCAGAUUUAAUUAGGUUGCCCUGCUCCGUUUGGAGUGUCGCUUCUUGUAGAAAAACCCAUUAUUAAAGAAGAGGCGAUUCCACUGACGGCUUCCACCCAACACACACUGAAACCUGUGCCAAAAUAUUACAGAGCCUCAGGGUCCCCUCUCUCUCUCUCCCUCUCUCUCCCUCUCGCACACACACACACACACACACACACACACACAUAUUCACCAAGAGACAUACACACAAAAGCAUCUAUUCUGGUUUUGGAAAAGGUUAUGUGUAGAAAUGAUGGAUGAUGAUCUAAUGAAGAUCACUGUGACGUUUUGAGAUGGUUGUACCCGACUGGUUGUGGUUCAGGGGAUAAGAAAGUUCAGCAGUAACGCAGACUGCCACGCAGACAGCAGUAGCUACAAAUAAAUGGAAAAAACAAUACACGACAGAAUACAUACAUCACAUACAUCACAGAAAGACAGGAUCUUAUUUCGGCCGGCAUGAAGCAGAUGUGCGUGAAAAAUCAAGCAUGUCCAGUGUUUCGUUUUGUGGUUUUACCACAGUUUAUACCAUAAAAACAAUUAAGAGCAAUACAUUAAACCAAACAGUAUUUUUUUUUCAUUUUCUGCAUUUCAUGUCAAUAUUGAUCUUACUUUGCUUUAGUGAAAUGAAUGUAUUUAUUGCAUGUCAAAAUGUUUUAUAGUUAAUUUUUGUGUAAAUUUAAAUUGUGGGUUUUUAUGAUAAUUUCAUUUAAUUAUGGUGUCUUGAUAAGGCUUUUAUUUUUUUUAAAAGCCAAUGUGAAAAAUGUCAUGUUUUUUUUGUUUGUUACUAUACUCAAAAUCAACUUGGCAAUAAAGUGAAUUGCAUAAUGGA